AUUUAAUACAAUAGUUGAAGUAUAAAGCGCGCGAGUGAAGGUUAAGUUCCUACUUUGUGGUUUUUCAGUUUUUCGUGUUCUAAGUGUUACUCAGUGUAUUACUAUAAUAACUGUAGGAAGUACCGAAGUAUUUAUCGUUAGUCGUUCUACCACCAUAAAAAGAUCAUGCAAGAUGAUGGGGGUUAAACUCCUUGCAGCGUUUCUUAUGCUGGCUCUCGUGGUCGUCGUGAACACACAGGAAGAACAUUGUGCGUACAUGGUAGAAAUACCGAGGCCACCAACACCAGUGUUACCAGAACUGGAUUUCGAAGGAACAUGGAGUCAGAGACCGUUACUGCCGCCGCCGGUUCGUGAGGAGGUAUGCAUGGGCAUAUACCAGAGCGGCGCCAGCAUAGGCCAGCAGGUUAUCUUCAUGGAGGAGGAGAUUCAAGGCGACGUCAUUAUUGCUAAACUCAACUAUCAAGGCACGAAUCAACCAACCAUCCAAUUGCCCUUGAUACAAGGCGGCUAUGAAAACCUGGGGCCCGUGAUUAAAAGAAUUCCAGUACUAGAUAAUGAUUGGUACCUGGUCAUCACACAACGGCAAGAUUACGAGAUUGCGGUGAUGCGCAACUAUCAGUUCGUGAUCCAGAUUGCAGGCGAGACGCUGCGGGCCGGCGUGUCCUUGGUGAUAGUCAACAUCGACGACAACCCACCCAUCAUCCAUGCCCUGGAUUCUUGCCUCGUGCCCGAGCUUGGCGAAGCCCGUCUAACCGAGUGCGUGUACGAAGUGACAGAUAUAGAUGGAAAGAUAAGCACUUGGAAUAUGACAUUCGAAGUGCUGAGCGACAGAAAUGACGACGAAAUAUUCUACAUGAAGGGUGAAAACAUAGAGAACACCUGGCACACAAUGCUGAUGACCGUUGGCAUUACAAGACCGCUGAACUUUGAAACUAAUCGCCUGCAUAUUUUCACUGUCGUAGCAAAGGACUCGCUACCCAAUAACGACACAGUGACAAUGCUGGUACAAGUGGCGAACGUGGAGCACCGGCCUCCCCGCUGGGUGGAGAUAUUCGCGGUGCAGCAGUUCGACGAGGAGUCGCAUCAGCAGUUCAACGUGCGCGCCAUCGACGCCGACAUCGAAAUCGGCAGGGAGAUCUACUACAAGCUGAUUACGGAGCCUGAUGAUACGUUUUUCUCCAUCGCACCCAACGAUGAGGAAGGAGCCACUCUAUUCGUGGAUCCUAUCGACAGAGAUACUCUCGAAAGGGAGCUGUUUAGACUGUCUAUAGUCGCCUACAAGUCGAACAACGAGUCGCUCGCCACCGAAGCCAACGUGAUCAUCAUAGUCAACGACAUCAACGACCAACGACCAGAGCCAUUGCAGAAAGAAUACUCUACCGCUAUAGAAGAGGAGACUCCUUUCACUUUGGACUUUGGGCCGAACUUCGGAUUCCAUGAUCGGGACUUGGGCGACAACGCCCGGUACACGGUAGAACUCCGCGACGUGUACCCGCCUGGAGCAUCAGCGGCCUUCGCCAUCUCCCCAGACGAAGGAUACCAGAGGCAGACCUUCAUCAUGAGUACAAUCAACCAUACCAUGCUCGACUAUGAAGUCCCCGAGUUCCAACACAUCGUCCUCGAGCUAGUGGCGACAGACAAGAAUAAUUCUGAUUUCAUUGGAGUGGCCACACUUUAUAUAGAUUUGAUCAACUGGAACGACGAAGUGCCGAUAUUCGAAGAGACCUCCUACGAAGUUACCUUCAAGGAGACAGUCGAAAAGAAUUUCCAUGUUGCCACAGUACUCGCUAACGACCGCGAUAUUGACGACAAAGUUGUGCAUUCAUUGAUGGGCAACGCCGGCGAGUUGCUGCGUAUUGACGAAGACACUGGCGACGUGUACGUCGACGCUAACGACGCAUUCGAUUUCCAUAGACAGAACGUGCUAUUCGUACAGGUGCGAGCAGACGACACUCUGAGAGCUCUGGAUCGUGGGACACAUACUACCACCACUCAACUUGUCAUUUACCUGGAGGAUGUCAAUAAUACGCCACCAACAUUGAGGCUGCCAAGAAACAGUCCCAGCGUAGAGGAGAACGUGCCAGAAGGCCACGUGAUCGAGACUACAAUCAGAGCAACUGAUCCUGAUACUACGGCACAUCUCGUAUUCGAAAUCAACUGGGAGGACAGCUGGGCCACCAAGCAAGGCCGCCCCACUAAUGUACGGGAAUACUCCGGUUGUGUCGCGAUUGAAACUAAGUACGAGAACGAGAACAACCUGGGCUCAGCCAGCGGCACAAUAGUGGCCAAGGAGAUCAGGCAUAACGUCACCAUCGACUUCGAAGAGUUCGAGGUGCUAUACCUCAGCAUCAGGGUGCGGGACCUGAAUACGGUCGUGGGAGACGAUUAUGACGAAGCAAUAUUCACCGUGAACAUAAUCGACAUGAACGACAACGCGCCUAUCUUUUCUCCGGGCAGUCUCGCACAGUCGAUGCGGGUGAGAGAAGUCUCAUCGUCGGGGACCGUCAUAGGGUCCAUACUGGCCACUGAUAUUGACGGGCCGCUGUACAACAACGUGCACUACCGGCUCGUACCAAUAAAUGACACUCUCGAUGGUCUAGUAAAAAUAGACCCCAUAAGCGGUCAAAUCACGGUGGACGAGGACGAAGCUAUAGAUGCCGACGUACCACCGCGAUAUCACCUUUAUUACCAGGUGAUUGCGAGCGACCAGUGUCUGGAAGAUGAGUGCCCACCCGACCCGAUGCACUUCAAUACGACUGGCUACAUCCAAAUAGAGAUCCUGGACACCAACAACAAGUUCCCCGAGGAACGCUUGGACCUAUUCAAGUCGGUGGUGCCCAUCAAAGAGAAAUCACCCAGCGGCUACCAGAUUGUACAGCUGUUCUCGCAAGACCUCGACAGAGACGAGCUAUAUAACACGGUCCGGUACCAGAUCAACUACGCUUGGAACCCUCAGCUGCGUUUAUUCUUCGAGAUAGACCUAGAUACAGGGAUGUUGUACGUGAACUACACCAGUAACGCGGUCCUCGACCGAGACUUCGGGGAGCCGAGGCACACCAUAUUCGUCAACCUCAUCGAUAACUUCUUCACAGCCGGAGAGGGUCGAAGGAAUCAAAACACAUCGACCAUAGAGGUGAUUCUCCUAGACAUCAACGACCAGGUGCCUUUGAUGCCCGAAGAUCUCACGUGGUCCAUCUCCGAGGGGCUGCUGGCGGGCGAGUUGGUGGACCCCAUAAUCUUUGCGCCGGACUACGAUGAGCCGGGUACUUAUAAUUCUCUGGUCGGAUACCGCGUCCUCGACAUGAAUACUACAAGGGACAUCGAUGUGCCAAUCUUGUUCGACACUUAUUUAAUCCAGCACGACGAGGGAAACCGCGCCAGGCUGAAGACUCUGCAAGACCUAAGGGGCUUCUGGGGCAAUCACAUGAUACAUGUUACGGCGUACGACCACGGUGAUCCUCCCCUGGCUUCGGACAUAUGGUACCCCGUCGAGAUACGUCCCUACAAUUACUACGAUCCUGAGUUUGUGUUUCCUGUACACGGCAGCACUUAUCGAUUUGCUCGGGAGCGCGCAGUGGAAAACAACCAGCUGACGUUGGCGGACGGAAAUAUACUGCCACGUAUAUCUGCUACCGAUCAAGACGGACUGGAAGCCGGCCGCGUGACCUUUUCUAUAGUGGGCGACGCUACCGCGGUGGAUCAUUUCACUGUUAUGAAUGACGGUGAGAACCUGGGCACGCUGAUACUGACUAAAAUCCCCGAGGACAUGACCGAGUGCCAAAUAACGAUCCGCGCGACGGACGGAGGAACGGAGCCUUUCUCUCGAAGCACGGAGCUCACAGUGAGAGCUCUGUUUGUCACCACCAUUGGAGAGCCUAUAUUUACCGACAACACCAUCACUGUACCCUUCACAGAGGGCCCCACCGGCUUGCAGCAGAGCCACGACCUUCCUCACGCAACCGACCCCAAGAACUACGACUGCCACGACGACUGCAACGACAUCUUCUACCGGAUCGUUGGUGGUAACACCGGCGGCUACUUCCAGCUGGACCCCGUAAGGAACCGCUUGACCCUGGCCCAAGCGUUAGACCAGGAGCAGAAUCGUUUCCACAGCAUCGUGGUGGCGGCCAGCAACUCUCCAUCCGCCACCGGCACGCCGCUAGAUGGCACCACGCUAACCGUCACCAUCAACGUGGUGGAAGAAGAUCCUCGGCCAGUUUUCGAAAGGGAGCUGUAUACGGCCGGCAUUUCAGUCUUAGAUACGAUUCAAAGGGAACUUCUAACAGUUCAGGCGACGCACUCACUGGGGGACAACAUAUCGUAUGCGAUAGACGCCGCCAGUAUGGUAGCGGACAGCAGCCUGGCGGUGGUAGCGGAGACAGCAUUCUUGUUGCACGCGCGCUCGGGCGUGCUCAGCCUCAAUAUGCAGCCCACGGCCAAUAUGCACGGCAUGUUCGAGUUCGACGUCACCGCUACGGACUCUAGUGGUGGAGUUGGCAGAGCCCAAGUGAAGGUAUACCUGAUAUCAUCACAAAACCGCGUCGUGUUCAUGUUUGAGAAUACGCUAGAUGAAAUCGUCAAUGCCACGGACUUCAUAGCGGAAACGUUCACGAACGCGUUCCUUAUGACGUGCAACAUAGACCAGGUGCUGAUGGGUAGCGACGACAGCGGCGCCGCCAGAGAGGACCGCACCGAGGUGCGCGCGCACUUCAUACGGGACAACGUGCCCGUGCCCGCCGAGCAGAUCGACCCGCUCCGCACCGACACAGCGCUCUUGAAUCACAUCCAGCAACGCCUCAGUGAGCGCAACCUUGUUCUACAGGACCUGUCCACGGGCCUCGCACAGUCCGCUGACCCCGUGCAAACCGUGAUCUACAUACUGGCUGGACUAUGCAUACUGCUGACUUUACUACUGCUCGUGCUAUCGGUCGUGUUCUCUUUCAAAACCAGCGCAUUGAACCGCCGCAUGAAAGCGAUGUCGAUGACGAAGUUCGGAUCUGUUGACUCUGGUCUGAACCGCAUGGGUAUCGCUCCCGGCACCAACAAGCACACCGUCGAGGGCUCCAACCCCAUCUACAACGAGAACAUCAAGGCACCCGACUUUGAUGCUAUCAGCGAUAUGAGCAAUGACUCGGACCUGAUUGGUAUCGAAGACCUGCCGCAGUUCCGCGGGGACUUCUUGCCUCCAGAAGACUCCAACUCCACGGCAAUGAUCAUGGGGGAUCAGCAGUCGGACUCGGUUGCCAAUCAUAAGAACAAUUUCGGCUUCAUGACGAGCCCCUUCAGCCCAGAGUUCACCAACAAGCAAUUCCGGCUAUGAUGCACCAACACCCAUUACAUCACUUUGUUAACUGCUAUAAUUUUUAGAUAUAUUAUUUGCCUUCAAACAAAAACAAGCAAGAUCCGUUGAAUUCUAAAUCUAAAAAAAAUGCCAGCUGAAAUUUAACUCGGCCAAGGUUUCAGGUAGCGUAGUGGUUAGUUCAUCGCAUACAUAGACAGCGGAUAAUGCAAGUUCGAGUCCUACCUGAAACCUGGGGGCCAUUCGCCUAACGGGAUUGCUUUGGAAAACGCUCUCGCUUACGAAGUCAUUUUGUUAUUUCUAGUCACCUGAGGUUUUCAAAUGCCUCGCGCGCUCUUUUUUUUAUUUUGCAUUGGUAAUACUUAAACAAUAUUAAAUAAAAUGAACGUGAAGUAUUUGAAAACCUUCGACGGUCAGAAAUAACAAAAUGAAAUAACAAAUUCCAAAACAAUCCCGUUAGGCGAAUGGCCCCCUGGACUGAGUUGAAUGUUUAUUAAUAUAAAUUUUCAUCAGAAGCAAUUGCAGUGUCUAUAUUGUUAAGUUGUAGUUAUAGGUUAGUAACUACAACUUGUUUGAUAGCUGUUCCUUACUGCUUACUCUUACUUAAAAUAUACACAAAAAUGUUAUUAAUUGAAAUAAAAUAGGCAGAUCAUGAUGGGAAAUCAACAUUUUUAUGAAGAUAAAUUAAAUUGCCUACGUAUGAACUUAAUG